AUGAACUCGUCAUGGCCCUCAACAGCACCCAAAUCAUCAUCCUGUGUGAGCCUCUCUUUUCUCCCUGCAGUCCCGCAUCUCAUCCCACCUCCUGCUAACACUCCCUCCUCCCCAGGUUUAGCAACCAUCUUCGGCCUCUUCCUCCUCGCAGCCAUCCUCUUCGCCAUAUACGCCUCCCGCCGCGCCCACAACGAAACCCGAGAAGCUGGCGUAGCCGUCCUAGGCCGGUGGAAAGAGAAUAGAGGUAUGGAAGUACCCCCUGUGCCCAAAGUUCCCGGGCGGGCGAAGGGAAGUGGGAGCGGGAGUGAUAGGGCUAGUGAUGCUGAGAAAGGGCAAGCCGGAGGGGUAAAGGAUGAGAAGGCUCAGAUGAGUGUGGGGAGGAGGUUGAGUGGAUUGGCGGGGAUUGGCGCGAGAGGGCUUGGGGUAGGGCGAGGGUCGUAUGAGCCUGUACCGCCGCCCCCUGCUGCGGGUAGGGACACUGGGUAUAGUAAAUCAGCUCAAGGUCCGAAACCUCCGAGUAAAGAUAGAGUUCCAGCAGCGUCGAAAACGAGAACACCGCGUUCGCCUGCGCGUUCUGCUGAGCGCAUUGACUCGAGAGAAUCUGGCAAAGGUUUCUGGAGGGAAGGAGAGGGUCAGAAGGUCAAAGUCGAGAAGAGGGCCGCCGGCGAAAAGUCCUGA